CCCAACAUUCUGGGCACUGUAGUAUCCCUGCAGUUCUUGAUGUCUCUCAGUGGAGCAACCACCGUGGCCACGCCUUCCCGGGGCGGAAGUGCUCCAGCCAGAGGAAAGGUCUGGACUACACGUCCCAGAAUCUCGGGAAGUUGCUGUCCAGCCACAGAACUUGAGUCUCUCGGUGGGUGACAGUCUCUGGCCAGGUAAAUAAAACUCUCUUUUAAUUUGAAAUUCGGGCAUAGAGUGCUUUCUGGAGCGGCUCCUCGUAACAAUACCAACUUGGAGGGUCAAAAAAAAAAAAAAACAAAGUCCCUGUCCCUAUAGAGCUCUCACCCUGGAUACAUGCUGCAGACUGCACUUUGGAACCCUCAACCUCCUCCUCUUGAACUCAAGAUUUCCUGUCAGCUUGCCCUUGGCUCGGCGAUCCUGGCGGGACUCAGAUUCCGCCUUCCUCUCCUAACGUCUUGCAGUACCUGGCCGUGCGGCGCAUGCCCACUUCGAGCACGGGCUACAGAGCGGGAGGCACCCAGGUCAGGAUUCUUCCGGCUGCACUACAUUUCCCAGGAGCCUUGGAGGUUGACUCACCUUUCACCCUUUAGUCCUCUUCCUGUGUGCCAGUGGCCACAGUCCCAGCGUGGUGAGAAAAUCGUGUCCCCCUCCCAAAACCCCCCUUCCCAAAAAUAAAUUCCGCGGAGGCUUUCACAUCCGGAAUGGACCUGGCAGUGGGGGUGAGAGGCUCCGAAGGCGAGGAAGCCCAGUGAGGUAGGGACCCUGGUCCCAAGCCCCACCCCACCUCAGGCAGCCGAACUGGUGAGGCUAAGGAUUUAGCCUCCUGCCCUCUGUUAUUGGAGGAGCUGUUUUCCCCAAAGAGUGAACAGCAAGAUUCUGUUUUUCUUUCUUCUGUACCAGGGAUUGAACCCGGGGGCCCUUCACCACUGAGCCACAUCCCCAGCCCUUUUUGUGUGUUUUACUUAGAGACAGGGCUUCCUCAAAUUGCUAAGGCUGGCUUUGAAAAUCAAGGUCCUGCUUUAGUCUCGAGAGCCGGUGGGAUUACAGGCUUGUCGCGCGACAAGAUUGUUUUUCAGAAAGAUUGUCCGACCUUCCGAAGGAGCAUGCGCAGAGACCCACGUUUUACCUAGAGUCAACUAAUAAGGGAACCCCCCCUUCCCCGCCCCCGCUGAAGAUCCCAUUCGUAGGACUCGCUUAUCACACUUCUAGGGUAAAACUCUGGAAUGGGAGCUUUGGCGCAUGCGCUAUAAACAUUGUGGGGAUAGGAAUCUGUCAAUCAUUCCUUGUUUAGCAUAAAUCACUUCUAGCAAAAAGCCCGGCAAAGGUGGACAAAGAACUCAGAAGCGCCUUUAAUCCCUGACCUUUUUGAGCUGGCAGCCCUAUGUCUUUGUUUUCUGUCCCUCUUGGGCACAGCACAGUAUCUUCCUUCCUCCAAUAAAACUCCUUUAAUUAAAGGUCCCCUCACACCCAGAGAGCUGGCAGGUCUUGUCCUGUGCGAAGUCUUAGAGCAGCAGAGGGGGAACUGCGUUGUGUCUCUGACGAUGUUUGUGUUGGCGCAUCACUAACUGGUUGAUUGGAUGCGUGGCUUAUGGGUAGGCGAGAGUUUUGUGGCUGUGUGUUGAUAUGUUACUUAAUGUCUCUAGGUUCUGAUUUCUCAGCCUUCUCUCCUUUCAGUCGCAUGGGGUCGGCAGCAAGUAAAAGGAAAACCAGAUUUUGAGCCAGAAGACAGACUUGAUCUUGAGAAAAGACUUUUUUUUUGUUUUGUUUUUUAACUUGGCCUCAUAUUUAAGGCUGGAGUCUGGGUAGACCUGAUGAGGCUAUCCCAGGAGUAGGAUUACCUUUGGGAGGUUCCUCUCUGGAAGUUCCAAGGAGUUAACGACAUGUUUUCAUAACUACAGUAUUUCCCAAAACUCUGGCCAAAGGCUCCAGAUAUGAACCUGACCUCUCUUGUGUUGGGAAAAUCAAUUCCAGUCUCCUUCCUACCCAGGUCUGGUAAUGUGUGGACUAGGUGAGCAGGUGAAGCAAGAAUUAAAGACAGGCAGUGUAGAUAGGUGAUCUUGAUUGGUGGGGAAGAUGACAGCUGAUUCAAAGGGAAUGGAGUGUUAUCUUUUUCUUCCUCUAGUUAAUUGCUCUUGAAUACACCCACUAGUCUAAGGAUCUGGGAAGUGAAUAUCUCCCAAAUUAACAUGUGAAUCCUAGUAUACCUUAAGGGCGCCCUGGGACCCCCUAGAAUGUAACCCUUCUAGGGUUCCUUUAAAAAACCCCUAUCACUCCUGAUUGACAUUCAUAGCCUUUGGGACAGGAGUCCCCUGUUUUUCUCCUUUGAUAGCGAAACAAUGAAACAGCCUUUUGCUUUUUCUCAAAACCAUGUCCUCAUUAUUAAAUUGGCAUUAAUUGGCAUUGGGGACAAGGACUGAGCCUUCUGCAACAGGGACAGGACACUGUCACUUCUUGGGAUAUGAGGACAUCAGCUAUGGCCCUUUUUUCCCUUUCAGGAGACAUCUGUUACUAUUAUUUAAAUAAAACUCACUUUCCCUGCUUGCCUUGGCGCUUCUCCAGUGUUUAAUCUUCACAUCUGGGAAGCAGAACUGAUAACCAGUGGUAUCACAGUGCCACACCUCUCUAAAAAACAGACAGACAAACAAACAAAAAUCCUGGAAGAGGAAAGAAUUUUUGUUGCACAUCUGAAAGUUAAAAGUUCAGCUCUGGUUCUCUGAACUUUUCUUCUCUAGUAGAGGAAUACCAAGGAAGGCCAGCAUGGUUAAAUCAUGGCCCAGGUCAAAGACAGCUUAUUGCUUUGCUACCAAAGGAGAAACACAGGGGGGGACUCUUGUACUACAGGCUGUGAUUCUGCCCAUCAGCAAGAACUAGAGGUUUUCAAAGAGGUACCACUGACUUUCAGAGAUGUUGCCAUAGACUUCUCUCAGGAGGAGUGGGAAUGUCUAAACUCAGAUCAGAGGGAUUUAUACAGAGAUGUGAUGGUGGAGAAUUAUAUCAACUUGGUCUCUUUGGACUUUGAUUUCUCAACUGAGACCAACAAGCUGUCUUCAGAAAAAAACAUUUGUGAAAUAAAUUCACACCAUAAGGAGACAUUGAAAAGAAAUAAAACCUUCAACCUGAUGGGGUUUAUUUUCAGUAAUGAGCCACCAUGGAGAACUGAAUUUGGGAGACAGCAGGGAACUAAAGUGGAAUGUCAAAUGAUAAUCAGAAAACUUGUAUCCCUUCCUUUCCUCCAGAGAACUCACGCUGUAAACAAAUCAUACAAAUGUCAGAAAUGCAGGAAAUGCUUUAGAAAAUCUUCACAACUUACUGAACAUCUGAGAGAACAUACUGGGGCGAGUGCCUACGUGUGUAAGGAAUGUGGAAAGGCCUUUGUAAUUCUCCGGAAUUUUAUUAAACAUCAAAAAUUUCACACUAAUCCUAAACCCUAUGAAUGUAAUAGAUGUGAGAAGGCAUUUAGGUUUUCUUCAGAGCUGAUCCGACAUCAGAUGAUUCAUACUAGUGUGAAGCCCUAUGAAUGCGUGCGGUGUGGAAAGGCUUUUAAACGUCAGUCUCACCUUGUUGAACAUCAGAGAAUUCAUAUUGGUUUGAAACCCUAUGAAUGUAAGGAUUGUGGAGAGAGUUUUAGGUUGUACCGACAUAUGUGUCUGCAUCAGAAAAGUCAUCAUGGUGUGAAGUCCUAUAUCUGCACAGAAUGUGGGAAGGCCUUUGGUCGUUGUUCGGGUCUUAUCCAACAUAGGAAAAUUCAUUCUGGUGAGAAACCAUAUAAAUGUAAACAAUGUGGAAAGGCCUUUAUUCGCAACUAUCUACUGAUUGAACAUCAAAGAAGCCACACUGGUGAGAAACCUCAUGAAUGUAUGGAAUGUGGAAAGGCCUUUAGCAGGGGCUCUAGCCUACGGAACCAUAAAAGAAUUCACAGUGGAAAGAACCUCUAUGAUUGUACAGAGUGUGGGAAGGCCUUUAAGAGGGUAUCAAGCCUUCGUAACCACAAAAGAAUCCAUAGUGGUAAGAACUUCUAUGAUUGUAAGGAGUGUGGGAAGACCUUUAGCAGGGGCUCAAGUCUUCAUAACCAUAAAAGAAUUCAUAGUGGUGAGAACCUUUAUGAUUGUAAAGAGUGUGGGAAGACCUUUGGUCGUCGCAAUCUACUUACUCAACAUCAGAGUUUUCACAGAAGUGAGAAAAGAGGAAAGCCUUGAGCCAUAGCACAACCUUUAUUGUUAUCACUGUUCCACCUCCCGAUGAUAUCAUCAUGGUGAAGAUAACACUAGUUAUGAAAUAAAAAUCCUUGGAAGGAUUUCUGGCACCUUAGUAUUUACUUACUAAAUAUUUUAUGUCCAUGAUUAAUAUUAUUAAAAAUAAAUUCAUGAGUAAGAAAGAUACCAGAGUAUGAUAUUUUAAAAAACUUUCUAUCAUUUCACCUCAUUCAUUCUGGAAAAAAUCCUUGAGAAUGUGUUAUAUAAGAAAUCUUAUUUUGAAUUUAUCCACUUAAAGAAUGCCCAAAGGAAUAUCCUGUCUUUAUUAAAUCUUGAGAGUAUAACUGGUGAAAAAUCAGAGGGUGAUUUGAAGAAAUUUUUUUGUAAUAAAUUCUGUAGCAGAUAAAAUGCAAGUCAUAUUGCUACAAUAUGAAGAAAUAAAAAAUGAACAGUUGGGUGACCAAAAAACA